UGGUCCGAUUGUCGCCGCUAUCCGAUUAUAGAUCGGUAUGUUGAUAAUGUCGCCGACAUCGAUUAUGGUCGAACAGAAUCGAUUGUCGCUUAGUGUUAAUUUUUGUUCCUUUGUGGUAGUUAUUUUCGUAGUUUUUUAGCUUUGCGCUAUUUAAUUUGAAUACUCUUCAAUCUUCACGAAAACGGCAUGGCGGAGGAAAAAACCCAGACCGAUUUGAACAAUAAUUCUCAGGCUGUAUUUCCCUAUCCAGGGAAAACAUCAUCAAAUGUCUGGAAUCAUUUUGGUUUCCACAAGCUAAAUAUUGAAGGACCCGCUACCCGUGAUAACUUGGACAUGGCUAAAGUUGUGUGCAAGCUUUGUGGUAAAGGAUAUGCAAAUAAAGGGAACACCACAAAUCUACAAGCUCACUUAGAUGCCACUCACAGGCAGUCUAUUGGAAUGAAGAAAAAUCUUGGGAUGCAGAAGCAACCAACAAUUUCAUUUCAAAGGCAAAUACCUAAGUUGUCAACAGAAAAACGGGACAAGACGGAUGAUUCAUUGUUGAAACUUCUGGUUGGGAAAGCUUUACCCCUGAGUUUAACUGAAAAUCAUUUCUUCAAAGAAUUUGUACAGGAAUUAAAUCCUGGAUACACUGUUCCAGGAAAAAAGGCUGUAAUGAGGGCUCUUGAAAAGAAAAAUGAAGAAAUGCACAACCGAGUAUUGACUGAUCUUAAAAAUGCUCAAGGUGUAAGUUUAACUCAUGAUGGCUGGACUAGCAUGAACACGGAAAGCUUUGAUACAGUGACUGCUCAUCUUAUUUCAGAAGACUGGGAAUUAAAAAGUAUGGUUUUGCAAACUAAACAAAUUGAGGGUCAGCAUACAGGUGAAAAUAUUUCUAAAAACUUGCUUGAGACCACAAGUGCUUGGUGAAUCACUAAAGUGACAUCUAUAACCACUGAUAACGCAGCCAAUGAACAGAAAGCUGUUAAGUUACUUGAUUGGAAUAGAUUUGGAUGCUAUGGCCAUAGAAUUAAUCUGGUUGUGAAAAAAUCUUUAAACAUUCCUGAAGUUUUCUUCACUGCUGAAGAAAGGCAGAAGACUGGUUACAUUUUUUCACCAGUCAUCAUCAGUGAAAUGACCUUCUU